CAGUGCUUUUCAUUUGACAGCAGCAGCUGAUGUCAUUUGUUUUGCUCUGUACCGGAAGCGCUGCUGUGACGUCACGGUGAAAACUCAGCUGGGCGAUCAGAAAACAAACAUACUGAAACAUCUUCGUCACAAUCAUCACAGUUAUCAAAGAGUGGCCGUUGACGUCUGACUGCAACGGGCUUCUUUAAACCGUCCGAUUUUUUCCGCAGUGUGGAACGUCGCACAAAAAUGUGAGCAGGUUCACUUUCUGUUUGCAUUUUUAUAUCAAGAUGGCUGAUGAUUUGGUCUCGUGCGCGGCUGCAGGAGCCGUUCACUGCGCCCAGCCCUGUGCCAAGCAGAAGUACCGCAGUCAUGCCCACUCACAGGGCCUGUUAGACGGGCUCCUGAUGCUGCGACAAGGAGGGAUCCUGUUUGAUGUGGUGCUCUUGGUGGAAGGAAAGGCCAUUCAGGCUCACCGCAUUCUCCUGGCGGCCUCCUGUGACUACUUCAGGGGGAUGUUUGCCGGCGGUCUGCGGGAGAUGCAGCAAACUGAGAUCCCUGUCCGUGGAGUCACAUACACGGCGAUGACCAAACUGCUGGACUUCAUCUACACGUCUGAGCUGGAGCUGGACCUGGACACGGUACAGGAAGUGCUGUGUGCGGCCACUCUGCUGCAGGUUCAAGAUGUGAUCGGCUUCUGCUGCGACUUCCUGUUCGCCUGGCUGGAUGAUGACAACAUCCUGGAGGUGGAAAUGCUAGCCGACAUCUAUGGCCUCAACCAGCUCGGGGAAAAAAUUCGCUCAUAUCUGCUCAAGAACAUCCAGACCUUCUCACGCACGCCGGUGUACCGAAAGCUUCCUCCGGAAAAGAUCCUGAGUGUCCUUUCCAGCAACGAUCUGGAGGUGAACUCGGAGAACGAGGUGUUUGAAGCAGCCCUGCACUACCAUUACACUCCUGAACAGGUGGAGAAGGAUGAGGUUUGCUUACAGGAUCCGUUGCAGAUGUUGGAAGCAGUGCGCUUCUGUCUGAUGGAGAAGCACGUGUUGCAGCGCUUACACAGCCGGAUAAAGCAGUGUCCGCUGCGGGACUCGGUGGCCGCUGCUCUGCGUUACCACAGUCAGGAGCUGUGGCAGCCGGUGAUGCAAACCCCACUCACUCAGCCUCGCUGCAGCUCCCAGUGCAUUGUGGGAUUCGGCGGCAUGUAUUCAUCCAGCACACUGGUGGACAAUGAGGAGCGCUUCCAGGUGUUCCACCCCUCCUGGGGCGAGUGGCGUAGUCUGGCUGCAGAUCGCGCCUCUCGCAUGUCCAACAUGGGCAUCGCCGUGCUCAAUAACUUUGUGUACUUGAUCGGUGGAGACAAGAACACCAGCAGCUUCCGUGCUGAAGCUCGAUGCUGGAGGUACGAUCCCCGCCACAACACCUGGUGUACUAUCGAGCCUUUACGGCAGCAGCACGCCGAUCAUUGUGUCUGUGUGGUUGAUAAAUAUAUCUACGCCAUUGGAGGACGAGACUACACCAAUGAACUGGACUGUGUGGAGCGCUACAACCCACAAACCAACAUCUGGGAAUAUGUGGCGCCGCUGAAACGAGAGGUAUAUGCCCACGCCGGAGCAGUGAUUGAUGGGAAGAUCUACAUAGCAUGUGGCCGGCGGGGAAUGGCUUAUCUGAAGGAGAGCUACUGUUACGAUCCCAGCGGCAAUCACUGGAGCUUGUGUGCCGAUGGCCCGGUGGAGCGCGCCUGGCACGGCAUGGCAGCACAUAACGGCCGCGCUUAUGUCAUUGGAGGCAGCAACGAUGGUUGCGGUUACCGGCGAGACGUCCUCAAGGUGGCGUGCUAUAACCCAAUAGCAGAUGUGUGGUCUGUGGUGAGCCCGCUGCCUGCUGGACAUGGAGAGCCAGGUGUGGCCGUCCUGGAUGGGUGCAUCUACAUCCUGGGGGGAAGAUCACAUGAUAAGGGCAGUCGAAUGAAGUACGUUCACAUAUAUAAGGUGGAAGAGGACCGAUGGGAGAGCGGGACAUCCCUCGAGGACCGUGUAUCUGGGCUUUCAGCAUGUGUCCUGCUUUUGCCACAAGCAGCCAUGGCUCAGGCGCGCAGCUGGGAGCAAAGGGCUAAAGCAUCAUGGGAGGAGGUGGACUGGGAUGACUCGGACAACUCAAGCGAGGACUGAAGGUGUUAGCGCUGCUCAGGUGGGGCAUAAAAUUGCAAAAGUGGGGAAAUUGUCCUUAAUUAAAUUGAGUACUUGUACGAAAAUCCAUAAUUCUUUACUAGAUUGAGUUUAGGGAGCGUCCCUGUUGUGCCUGUCUGUAAGUAACUGAAGGUAAGUUGGAAGUGUUCUGGUUUAAAUCAUGUCCAAAUCACACCCUUUUGUGCUUGUGGGUUAAUUUUACUGACUCUUUUAAGUCGUUGUGCCAUUUUAUAUUGUUUUGUGUCCAAAACUAUGAGAAACUGUUGUUGACGCUUACACUGUACAUGCACUUUACAAAUACAGUUUGAUUUUGUUUAUAAUGAUGGUGCCUUUAUUUUACAGAUGUGUUUUGGUAAGUCCAAUGCUUUUUUAUUAAUAGAUUUGAAUGAAGUGCAAUAACAGUUUUCAGAAGAGUAAAGGAAAGGGGAAGGGAAGUGGUAAACAGGAUGCUCUAGUGCAGGGGUUGGCAACCUUACACACAUGUACUAUUAGCGGAGGAAAUAUUGGCACAAAUGUGUGAUUUGUACAGGAAUAUUGUGAAAUAUUAUUACAAUUUAAAAGAGCUGUUUUCUUUUUGAAUAUAUUUUAGAAUUUCAUUUUUACCUCUGUGAUCAAUGCUUAAUUUUCAGCAUCAUUACUACAGUCUUCAGGGUCACAUGAUCCUUCAGAAAUAAUUAUAAUAUGCUAAUUUUCUGCUAAAGAAACAUUUAUUAUUGUUAUCACUGUUGAAACAGUUGUGCUGGUUCAUAUAAAAAAAAUGUGAUGCAGUGCCAUUUGAAAGUUUGGAAUAAAUAAUACUUUUUUUUUUCAUUCAGGCACACAUUAAAUAAAUUUAUGAUGUAACGAAAUAUUUAUAUUUAAAAUUGAUGCUGUUCUUUUUAACUUUUUGAGAAUCCUGAAAAAAAUAAUUAGUUUUAAGCAGCACAAUUGUUCUCGACAGUUAUAUCAGAACGUUAUUAAUUUUAACAUUUUGAAGAGUGUCACUUACGUUGUUUAAGAUUCAGGUAUGUGGUACUCUCCAAAAUGGCACUAUAGGGGGACACGGAGGAGACGAAUUGUUGAAUAAAAUUUUUAUUUUUGUUUACUUUUCGCACACAAAGUUUUUUUGUAGCUUCGUAAAAUUGCGGUUGAACCUCUGAUGUCACAUGGAUUAUUUUAAUGAUGUCUUUCCUAUGUUUCUGAGACUUGAUCGUGGUAGUACCCUUGCUGUCUAUGGAGGGUCAGAGAGCUCUCGGAUUUCAUCAAAAAAUAUUGUACUUUGUGUUUCAAAGAUGAACGAAGGUCUUACAGGUUUGGAACGGCACGAGGGUGAGCAAUUAAUGAAGCAAUUUUCAUUUUUGGGUGAACUAGCCUCCGAUCUGUAACAGUUCUUUUCAAUUUUAAUAAUAUUUCACAUUAAUAUUGUUUUUACUGUGCUUUUGAUCAAAUAAAUGCAGCUUUGGUGAGCAGAAUAGGUUAAUUAAAAACUCAUUUGAAAAAUGUCACCAACAUGUCAGCUCUUGAAAGCUAGUGUUAAUGUAUAUAGAAAUGGGGAUGAGUCACAGUGAUUUCUGUUAUAAAUUAAUCUCAGACAGGUUGCCAACCGUGGCUCUAAUGAACACUGGUUUACUAUUUUGUUGGCCGUCAAAUUACUCCAAAGAAAAAUAAUCCAAAAAUUGCAAGUGUUAGAUGACUUAGUUUAACAUGGACAGUUAUUCAAGAGUUCCUCUUGUGUAUUUCGCAAUGUAAAAAGCAAUUCUGUUCCUUUAAAUAUUAUGCACUCCUUUUUACUGUUUGCUUUUUCUUUUAUUUAUUUUCUGUCUUCGAUAUAUCAGACGUAUCGCCUCUUCUAAACGUCUCUGAUUUGUUUGACCCUUUUGAAUUUCAUAAUACAGAUCACAUGAAAUCUGAAAAUCACUGAUUUUCUUAUUUUUAAUAAAUGUUUUGUGGAAUAUUUGAUUUUGUGUCAAAUUUCCAGUAUAUUUGACAGGAAAUGAUAUACAUUCACUCUGACUGUACUAGCUUAGACUCAUUGGGUUUCUUCUAAUAUUUUGGAAAUUCAUUACUCAUUUUAACUGCAUUGUUACCAGUUUGCGGUGUCGAAUUCAUGAAUAAAGAUCAACAGGUUGUAA